UUUAGCUGCGAAGUGGACGUCAAACUGCGCUGAAGUACGAGAAGAAAUACGCGACGUCAAGGAAAUUAUUGAUUAUUUUAAGUUUGUGAAGUGAAAAAGUGUUUCGGCUGCCAGCGGAUAUGUUGCAUAGCUGCAAAUCUUGAAGACAAUUGCAAUCGAUAAAUAUACAGAUCUAGUGAAAAGUAAAGCCAAAGUUAGUUAGCCUCUAGCUGGUAGGCGUGGCAGCUGCGCCCACUUAACAGAGCCAUGGCCGACAGCGAAUUCGAGGAAUUCCAUAGGCCCAUCUUUGAGCCACAUGCAAUCAGCGCCCCAUUUGGCAAAAAGAACACCACACAUGCAUUUUACUCUCUAAUACCCAACGAUGAUCUGGAAGAUUCGCAUUCGUCGAAAAGCGACGGCUCCGACCAGGAGGAUGCCAUGGCCGAUGGCAAGCUGCAGCGCCAGGUGGAGGAUGAUGAGCUGGGCGAUGGCUUGAAGGUCACGUUGUCCUCUGACGGUUCGCUCGACACAAACGAUUCGUUCAACUCGCAUCGCCAUCAUCCGCUGAAUCAUCAGGAUGCCAUCGGCGGCUUCAUUGGCAUCAAUGGCAUGACCCCAGCUCCGACUGUGACAAACGUGGGCCCCAUCACGGAGCUGCUGACGCCUAAUGCGGCUGCCACACGACGUCGCCGCAAGCUGCCCGAGAUACCAAAGAAUAAGAAAUCUUCCAUUCUGCAUAUUCUAGGUGGUUCGACUGCCUGCAAUCUGGCCGAGGAGUUUCGCAUGGGCGAGGCGGCUGGCAAUGGAAUCGGAGCAGGAGCAGGAGCAGGAGUUGGUAGUGGAGUUCAGCGCUCGUUUCUAUCGCUCAAGUGUGGCUAUCUGCUGGACGAGGACUCCAGCCCGGACUCGGAGCGUUUGCAGAGCUUGGGCGAUGUGGACAGCGGUCACAGCACCGCCCAUUCGCCCAACGACUUCAAGAGCAUGUCGCCACAGAUCACAUCCCCGGUCUCGCAAUCCCCGUUUCCUCCAACCCUGGGCGGCGUACCCUUUGGUCAGCUGGAGAUGCUGGAGGCCACGCAUCGUGGCUUGCACAAGUUUGUGCCGCGACAUCACGACGAGAUCGAGCUGGAGAUCGGCGACGCCAUCUACGUGCAGAAGGAGGCCGAGGACUUGUGGUGCGAGGGCGUGAAUUUGCGCACAGGUCGACAGGGCAUCUUCCCCUCGGCGUAUGCCGUGGAUCUCGAUUACAACGAGUUCGAUCCGACGGUGCAGCUGGUGAAGAAGGAGCGCUACCUACUCGGCUAUCUGGGCUCCGUGGAGACGUUGGCACACAAGGGCACCGGCGUCGUUUGCCAGGCGGUGCGCAAAAUUGUGGGCGAGUACGGCAACUCGCCGACGGGACAAACUUGCAUACUGGAGGUAUCCGAUCAGGGUCUGCGCAUGGUCGAUCGCUCGGCGCCAAAUAACAAAAAAGAGAAGAAACCCUGCAUCGAUUACUUCUACUCGCUUAAGAAUGUCUCUUUCUGCGCAUUUCAUCCGCGCGAUCAUCGCUUCAUUGGGUUCAUCACAAAGCAUCCGACAGUGCAGCGAUUCGCCUGUCACGUCUUCAAGGGCUCCGAGUCCACAAGGCCAGUGGCCGAGGCUGUUGGUCGCGCCUUUCAGCGUUUCUAUCAGAAGUUUAUUGAAACAGCUUAUCCCAUCGAGGACAUCUACAUUGAGUAAAGAGCGCAAUACUUUAAAAGAAAAACAAAUAAAAAGAACAAAUAUACCAUGCAAAAUAUAUAUCUCUAUAUUUUUUGUGUGAUUAUUAAUAAAUACAGCAGCCAGGAAAAAAAAGCAAAAAUGGACAGCAAUUUUUGGUCUUCGUCGAUAAGCUACAAAAAUACACAAAGUGAAAGAAAAAUCCCAAAAAUUAUUCAAAAUACAAAAAUCAUGCAAUAAAAAUAAAUUUAAAAUAAAAACAAAAAAGCAAAAAUCUUAAGCUCAUAUUUGACAGUUCUAUUUAAACUAUAGUAAUAUAUGUUAACGAAAUUUUUCUCAAAGUGUAAAUAGUUCAUUUCGGUUCGUAAAGCCCACAAAGAACACAGCGAUUAGACAAUUUAAGUGUAACUUAUAGAGAAACGCUAUAAUCCACAAUAAAAGAAUGAAAAACAAAA